CGGCGCGGCCCCUUUAAAUGCUAAUGAGGCGGCGCGAGUGCCGGCGCCGGCCCCCGCUGACUGUGUUAAAACUUCGGCGGGGCCAUUUUGGGGGCAGUAAGACCCAGCGCGGGCCCGAGGGACAUCCGCCGCCGAGCCCCGCGCACCUACUCACCACCCGCCGGCCACCAUGAGCGAGGCGGCGGAGACCAGCACUGCCAGCCCGGCGGCCACCACCACCACCACCGCCGCCGCCGCCGCCACCACCACCACAACAACCGCCGCUGCUGCUGCCCCGGCCGGAGCUCCUGCGCCGCCGCCGCCGGCCGCUGCCCCGGACGCCAAGCCCAAGAGCGCCGUCAGCGCCGCCGCGCCGGGCGCGGCUGUUGGUGAGGCGGCCCCGGGCGCUGCUGCCGCCGCCGCCACCACAACCGAGACAGAGAAGAAAGUGCUGGCCACCAAAGUUCUUGGCACAGUCAAGUGGUUCAAUGUCAGAAAUGGAUAUGGCUUUAUCAACAGAAAUGAUACCAAAGAAGAUGUGUUUGUUCAUCAGACGGCGAUAAAGAAAAAUAACCCACGGAAAUACCUGCGCAGUGUUGGUGAUGGAGAGACUGUAGAAUUUGAUGUGGUCGAGGGAGAGAAGGGUGCAGAAGCAGCUAAUGUCACUGGUCCAGAUGGAGUCCCUGUAGAAGGCAGCCGCUAUGCUGCAGACCGGCGCCGCUAUCGACGUGGCUAUUUUGGCCGACGCCGUGGACCACCUCGAAGUGGUGGUGAGGGAGAGAUGAAGGAUGGGGUCACGGAAGGAGGACAACUUCAUCAGCAAGUCCAUAGGAACCCUACCUAUCGUCCCCGCUAUCGCAGAGGGCCCUCGCGUCCACGCCCUGCCCCAGUGGCUGGAGAGACUGAAAAUAAAGAGAACCAUCAUGAGGCCAAUGCUAUGAGUCAGCAGCCGCUUCGCCGUGGGUAUAGGCGCCCAUACAACUACCGGCGUCGACCUCGUCCACCCAAUGCUCCAGCUCAGGAUGGGAAAGAGACAAAGGUGACUGAAACACCUACUGAAAAUCCUGCUCCGGUGACCGAGCAGAGUGGUGCUGAGUAAUGUCCGGCUCCCCAGGCACCUUUAUCAUCCCUCAGGUGUCCUAAAAUACAACUCAAAAGUAACACCAAAGAAACACACAAGCAAUAAAUUGUCAACAGUGAUGAUGAAAGCAAAGAUCUGAAACAUCGGAACUUAAAACAAAAAAAAUACCAGCAGCUGAGAUCCAGGGAACGCCUGCAAGAUAGAUGCAUGAAGAGAAGAAAAGAGAGCGAGAUUCAGAAAGAGCAGCCUCCCCAGUUUCAACAGUAACUGUGGGGUUUUUUUUUCCAGAAUGUCACUGUUUCACUAGUAUUGAAUUUUUCGAUUUUUCUUUUGGUAAACUGAAAAGGGAAAAAAAAAACCAACCAAAGAACUGAAAUUGAAAUCAGAUGCUUUUUUUAUUGGAUGCUGGUGCUAAACCUCCCAGGUGUGGUGAUUUUUUUUUUUUCUGUGCCAGUCCUGUUUACUGCAGGACACGGGGAGGAGAAACUUCCGCUUUCCUUGGUAAGAUCUAUUUGAAACUGCAGCAUGGGUGACGUUCCUCACAAAUAAAAGUUAUUUCAAAUACAAAAAAA